AUAAACAGCGGCAGAUCACCAACAAGCCGGAAGCACAAUGCUGGCGCGCUGCUAGACAUGUCUGUGUUGUGUCAUGUAUACGCAGUUACCGAGCUAAGUUGUUUUUAAACGCACAUAUCGUGGUAAUUAACACAGAAUGGCAGCCACCGUAGACGCACCCGUCCCAGCGGAGCAGGACUCUGCGCGGUGUGGGAGCGAGGAGGAGAACCGCGGGGCCGAAGUGGAGGAGAGGAGCCAGCAGCAGACGGGCUCCUCCGGGCCCGCAGCCCCCCACAGCCGCCUGUCCAAGCUGCCGCUGACCCGCAUCAAAGCGCUGAUGAAGACGGACCCAGACGUGUCCCUCGCCAGCCAGGAGUCGGUGUUCAUCAUCGCUAAAGCCACGGAGUUGUUUGUCGAGAUGAUUGCCAAAGAUGCUCUUGUGUAUGCCCAGCAAGGAAAGAGGAAAACAUUACAAAGAAAAGACUUGGACAAUGCUAUUGAGGCUAUAGACGAGUUUGCUUUCCUAGAAGGCACACUAGACCAGUAAGCGAAUGUCAUACCUGCCAACAUCCAAGAAGAUCCCUUCUUUGCAGAAGCCGCUGUCGGGGAAAUUUUCUGGGUCAAACUCACACAUUUAGUGUUUAGUGACAGCUUUUAUGCAGCUGACCCCUUUGGAUUUCUCUUGCCUGUAAUGUGUAUAUUGUUCUGUAAAUAUUUGGCAAAUGCUACAAUGCAAUGAAAUAAAUUCUGUGUUUUAGAUUUCU